UCUACAAUGUUUCCAAAAAAUUACAGAAAAUGCCCUCCUUUACUGCCUCCAUCAUCAUCAUCAUCAUCAUCAUCAUCAUCAUCAUCACAAUCGCAUAAAAUCUCUUCUUAAAUUUAAUCAAAGAUUGAGAAGAGAAGAAAAGAAAAGAAGCAAGAAAAGACCGUCUCCCUUCUAUAAUUGAACCCCGUUGAUUGAAAAUUGUAGGUCUUCGAUUCUCUCGAAAGGCCGAUUAACACAAAUUCUUCUCUUCUCUUACAAAUUAGGUUUGAGUGAAAUAUUUAUUGAGAAAUUCUUCAGUUAAAGGCCGAACAAAGAAAGAAAAAAUUCAAAUGGGAAAUCGAGGACAGAAACGAACGGAAACAGCCGAUGAAUUACCAGCAGAUAAGCGAGCUUGUAGUUCGUUAGAGUUUCGACCGAGUUCCUCCAACUCUUCCUCAAUCCAAACUCACCUCAAUUCGCCAAAUUCCACUCCCGAUGCUGACAUGGACACUUCCUCCUCCGCCUCGGCCUCCAGCCGAUCAGACGGUGAACACGAGAAGGAAGAGGAUUCCGCUUACGGAUCAUGCGAUUCCGAGGACGCGGAGCAACAACCGCGGCACCACAUUUUAAGAGAUUAUCAGAGAAGAAGAUCGUCGAGUGAUCACGGAAAAUUGAAUAACAUCUUGUCAAAUUUAAAUGAAGAAGGAAAUGGAGAUUCUGGUCAAUUGGCUGCGUUGACAGAACUUUGUGAAGUAUUGUCGUUUUGUACAGAGGAUUCGAUUUCAAGUUUGAUGGCGGAUACUUUAUCACCAAUACUUGUAAAGCUUGCAAAGAAUGAGAGUAAUGCUAAUAUAAUGUUGUUGGCAAUAAGGAGUAUAACUUAUUUGUCUGAUGUCUUUCCUAGAUCAUCUGGUUUCCUUGUUAGGCAUGAUGCAGUUCCUGCUCUUUGUCAAAGAUUAUUGGCUAUUGAAUAUGUGGAUGUAGCCGAGCAGUGUUUGCAAGCAUUGGAGAAAAUAUCUCGUGAUCAACCGCUUGCAUGCUUACAGGCUGGUGCAAUUAUGGCUGUUCUAAAUUUUAUUGAUUUUUUCUCCAUAAGUGUGCAGAGAGUUGCACUUUCCACGGUGGUGAACAUUUGUAAGAAACUUCCUUUGGAGGGUCCUGCACCUUUCGUGGAGGCUGUUCCAAAACUAUGUGAUUUACUUCAGCAUGAGGAUCAACAGCUUGUUGAAAGUGUGGCAACUUGUUUGAUCAAAAUAGCUGAGCGAAUGUGCCAGUCUUCUGAGAUGCUGGAGGAACUUUGUAAGCACGAGCUGAUUAAUCAAGUUACACACCUUAUGAACUUGAAUAGCCGAACUACUGUAUCCCAGCCAAUUUACAAUGGCUUGAUAGGAUUACUUGUCAAACUUUCUUCUGGUUCAUUUGUAGCUUUUAGGAGCCUGUAUGAGCUAAACAUAAGCAGCAUAUUGAAGGAUUUGUUAUCUACUUAUGACCUCACACAUGGAAUGUCUUCUCCACACUCAGUUGAUGGCAAUUGCAAUCAGGUACAUGAAGUUCUGAAGUUGCUCAAUGAGCUGCUUCCCACCUCAACUGGAGAUCUAGGUAAUCAGCUACUGUUGGAUAAAAAAUCAUUUUUAGCUGAUCACCCUGAUCUUCUGCAAAAAUUUGGAAUGGAUAUGCUUCCCAUGUUGGUCCAGGUAGUUAAUUCUGGUGCAAACAUAUAUGUUUGCUAUGGCUGUCUAUCUGUUAUCAGCAAGUUAGUUUUUCUGAGCAAAUCUGACAUGCUUGUUGAAUUGCUUAAGACUGCCAACAUUCCGAGUUUCCUGGCCGGAGUGUUUACUCGAAAAGAUCACCAUUUGCUGAUGUUAGCCCUACAGAUUGUUGAGAUGAUCCUUCAAAAGCUCUCUGAUGUUUUUUUGAACUCAUUCAUAAAGGAGGGUGUCUUUUUUGCCAUCGAUACACUGCUAAUGCCGGAAAAAUGCUCCCAAGUGAUGCUUCCAGUGUUUAGUGGCUUCCAAUCAUUAUUUGAUUCUAGCCAAAAAUCUUCCGCAAGGGAUAUCCGGCGAUGCUUGUGUUAUGCAUUUGAUACAGUGCCAUCUUCCUCAGCUCCACCUUGCAAGCUUGACAAGGAUUCUGUUUGCAAUCUUGCAAAACACAUUAAAACCAAUUACUUUGCUCCUGAAUUAUUGGACUCUGAGAAAGGAAUGACUGAUAUUCUUCAAAACCUCAGAACCUUCUCAGCUGCCUUGAGUGAUUUGAUAAACAUGCCUGUUGAUGAUGAUACUCCUGCUCAACAUGAAGAGAAGUUCCAUAGUAUAUUGCAUCAAAUUAUGCUGAAGCUUAAUGGUAGAGAGCAUGUUUCCACUUUUGAAUUUAUUGAAAGUGGAAUCGUGAAAGCGCUUAUGCAUUACCUAUCUAAUGGUCUUUACCUAAGAAAUAAUGUGGAAUUUAAUGGUAUAUAUAAUCAUUUGCUUGUUCUUGGAAAGAGAUUUGAGGUGUUUGCAAAGUUGUUUUUGUCUUAUUCAGAUAUCCCUGUUGAGGACUUGCCUCUGUCAGUAUUAAUACAAAAAUUACAAAGUGCAUUGUCAUCUUUGGAAAAUUUCCCUGUUAUUCCAAGCCACGGAUUCAAGCAGAAAACUUCAUUUGCUACUGUCCCAAAUGGACGUUGCAUUAUGUAUCCAUGUUUUAGGGUUCGUUUUGUGAGGGGAGAGGGGGAGACCUGCCUAUCUGAUUGCCCUGAAGAUAUUUUGACUGUAGAUCCUUUUUCUUCAUCAGAUGCCAUUGAAGGAUAUCUUUGGCCCAAAGUUUUCAUUAAAAGAACAGAAAAUGGGGAAUCAGAUGCCGAAGCAUUGGAACAGAUGGAAAGUCAACCUAUUCAUUUGCCAUCAAAUGCAAACUCUAGUCAAGGCGAGAGUUCUGGUUUUAUAGACAGCAUGUCCGCUGAUUUGCCUGAGAUGCAGGAAGAUGAGGCUAACUUAUCACAGUUUGCCUCUGAAGAAGUGCAUUUCAGAGAAUCAAAUUCUGGUGAAACAAUGUCUUUGGAUGAAACUAAUAUGGGCUCUACUGCACAAGUACAACAGUUUCCUACAGAGUCAACUACAAAAAUGAAACCUCAGUGUUCUGCAUCUGGUAACAAUGACAAUGAAGAUUCUUCACCUAGACUAUUGCUUUAUCUAGAAGGGCAUCAACUAGAUCGAACUUUGACACUAUAUCAAGCAAUUCUUCAACAGCUACUAAAUUCAGAGAAUGAAUUUAUUACAUGGGCUAAAUUGUGGACUCGAGUGUAUACACUAACAUACAAGAAGGCUUUGGAAUCUAAGCAAGAUGAUGCUCAAGAACAUACAUUGCUAGAACAGAAGUCCUCAAUAUCAGAUAAAAAUGUUGCCUCUAUGCAGAAUAUGGAAUUUUUUUCCAGCCUGUUUGCUUGCAAACUUGCUUCUAAUUUGGAUAAGUCAAGUCCUGCUUAUGAUAUACUGUUUCUGCUGAAAAGCUUGGAAGGAAUCAACAAAUGUUCAUUUCAUCUAAUGUCUUAUGAGAGAAUACGAGCUUUUGCUGAAGGUAGAAUUGAUAACUUGGAUAAUUUGAAGGUAAUGGUUCAUUCGGUGCCUCAAAAUGAGUUUGUCAGCAGUAGGUUGACAGAAAAACUAGAACAGCAGAUGCGUGAUUCUUUUACUUUGUCCACUGGCGGUAUGCCUUCAUGGUGUAAUCAGUUAAUUGCUUCAUGUCCCUUUUUGUUUAGCUUUGAGGCAAAAUGUAAGUACUUCCGAUUGGCUGCUUUUGGUCCACGAAGAGUUCAACUUCAUACUACGUUACGCAGUAAUUCAGGUGCUUCAAAUGACAGGCAAUCUACCGCAGCUGGUUUGCCUCGUAAGAAGUUUUUAGUUUGGCGGGAUCGAAUUCUGGAUUCUGCAACGAGGAUGAUGGACUUACAUGCUCGUCAUAAGGGACUUCUUGAAGUGGAAUAUAAUGAAGAAGUCGGCACUGGUCUUGGUCCAACUUUGGAAUUCUAUACUCUUGUUUGUCAUGAAUUUCAGAAAUCUGGCCUUGGCAUUUGGAGAGAGGACUAUAGGUCGAUUAUCACUUCAGAAACCUUGCCUGUUGUGGAUUCUGGAAUUCUGAUAAACCCUUACGGGCUUUUCCCUCAUCCAUGGUCACCUACAACAGAUUCAUGCAAUGGGAUACAGUUCUCUGAAGUAUUAAAAAAGUUUGUUCUUUUGGGUCAAAUUGUUGCAAAGGCUAUUCAAGAUGGAAGGGUCCUGGAUGUUCCCUUCUCCAAAGCCUUCUACAAAAUAAUUCUGGGGCAGGACCUUUGUUUGUAUGACAUCCAAUCGUUCAACCCUGAGCUUGGUAGGACACUACUGGAGUUUCAGGCUAUUGUUGAUCGGAAAAUGCAUUUGGAAUCCAUUUGUGUUGAAAACUCAACAUUGAAACUAGAUUUAUGCUUUCGGAAUACCAGGAUUGAGGACCUUUGUCUUGACUUUACCCUUCCUGGUUAUCCAGAUUAUGUUCUUUCUUCCGAGUGUAAUCACAAAAUGGUAAAUUUGGCUAACUUGGACAAUUAUAUCAAGCUUGUUGUGGAUGCUACCAUACAUACUGGAAUUGCCAGACAAGUUGAAGCUUUCAAAUCUGGAUUUAAUCAGGUUUUUGCAAUUAAGCAUCUCCAUAUUUUUACUGGGGAGGAACUAGAGCGUUUACUUUGUGGAGAACGUGAUUUCUGGGCUUUCAACGAACUUCUGGAACAUAUAAAGUUCGAUCAUGGAUAUACAGCUAGCAGUCCACCCAUCAUUAAUCUACUGGAAAUUAUACAAGAGUUUGAAUAUGCACAACGGCGAGCAUUUCUGCAGUUUGUGACCGGCGCACCUCGGCUACCUCCAGGAGGUUUGGCUUCUCUAAAUCCAAAAUUGACGAUUGUUCGCAAGCAUAGUAGCAAUAGUGCUGAUACAGAGCUGCCCAGUGUUAUGACUUGUGCCAAUUACCUGAAGUUGCCGCCUUAUUCUUCAAAAGAGAGGAUGAAAGAGAAGCUGUUGUACGCGAUAACAGAAGGGCAAGGCUCGUUCCACCUUUCAUAGCUUUUGCAGGUAAUGAUAUGUGAAUUGUAAUUAUUAGGUCGGUGGGUGUUGUACAUGAAGUGUUAGCGGGAGAGGGAGUGGGAGUGGGGAGUUUGAUGGGUGAAAGAGGAGCUGAUUGUUGCGGGAACAAGAGGAAGCCCUAUAUGAGAUUGCUGACAAAUAUUUGGUGGCAAAUUUGUAAAUAGAAGAACUGGAAAUGAUGCAGAAUAGUUGUUUUAGUUCAAAGCCUGGGAGCUGUACAGGGAGAGAUGGGAGGUUUUCAGAUGGUUGGCUGUUCUUCCUUCACUUAAUGCACAAAAUUAUGUACAGAGAUUUCGUUUUUACUUUUCUUUUUUUUUUUUAUUUAGAACUAGCUUUAUUCAAUCAAUGAAACUGAAAUUACUGAAAUUAAAAUAUUUUUUUAA